UGGGACAUUCUAACUUUUUUCAGUCCAAAUUCAUUUAUUCUUCCAAUAAUAUCCAAUGUCAUUUUUAUUGCUGGACCGAAAAUAUCCUCCAUAAAAUUUUCACGGGGUCUGCCCUCAGCAGAAGAGGUUCCUGAUAAAAUAAUGGCUGCGACCAAAUUGAGAAACCAGAGAGAUGGAAGAUAGAAAUCAGAGCAUGAGAGAUGGUAGCAAUAUCCUUAUACAAAGGCAACCUCCACAAAGUCCCCACCGACGUUCCCCGUCGAUGGCUCAUUCCCAGACCCAAUAUCUCCCCCAAGGACUUCCGAGUCCUCCUCCGCCGCCGCGCUAAAGCUCUCUCUCGCCUCCAAUCCCUCUCUGGAGCCAAUCCCACUGCGCCGGCUGCUGUUCCUGCCUCCUCCAACCUCAACCCUAUUGCCUCGGAUAACCCCGUUUCCAGGGUUGAUGCUCGGAUCGUCCUUCCUCAGGUGGAGCCACAGACGGACGAUACAAAGAAAGGGGAUGGCAAGGUUGAGGUUGGAUGUCACAAAGCAACGGUAGUCAAAGUUUCUGAUGGCGUGGAAUUUCCGGAGAAGUUGGUUGAGGGAUCUGAUCCGGUGCUUGAAACUAAGGUCGAUGUUGUAAAAGGGGAGAAAUCCGAGACUCCGGUGAAUCCAAGUAAUGAAGCCAAAAACAAAGUCGAUGUGACAAGUGAUAUAGCAAAACGGAAAAAGGAGGUUGAGGAGAAGUUGGAGGUUUUAAAUGACAAGAAACACAAUUUGGUGCAGUUGCUGAAGCAGAUCCUCAGCGCUGAAGAGGCGCUUAAGGGGAAGAACAGUUUGCAAGGGAUGGCAGGUCGCCCUCCAGUCCCUCUUCAGGUAGAUGUCACAAAUGACACUGGUUCAAUGACUAGACGUAAUACACCAAGAAUGGGGUCAGAUGGGCACAGUGCAGAUGCUGGAGGAGAAGGUGAUGAUGUAUCCAACAACUUGCAUUCCCGCAACUCGUUACGUAUGAACUGUACAUCACCAUCCCCGGACUCCCAACAUAGGAAGUCCGUGCAUAACACAAUCCCGUUCUCUUCACGGACUACUAUGGCGGUUGCUAGCAGCCCAUCACGUUUCGCGAGUGCAGGGAAACAAGGGCUCCCUUCAAACGCGCCGUCAGUUUCCAUAUCAGCAACAAAUUACAUCUCAUCCACUCCUUCUCCAGCUGCAGUUGCAUCAGGUGGUGGCACACCAGCAUUUGGGGAUGCCUAGCUUCUAAGUCUUGAACUAGGAGGGAGGCAUCCUGCACCUCCUUUUGUGUUUUAGGUAUAUCUCUGUUGGUACAAACCAAAUCCAAACAAUCCUUCAGAUAUUUCAAGGUAAAUAUGACACCUUACCAUCACAUCUACUAUACCUCUUGAUUUAAGAUACUGAUGGUGUAAUGUUGGGUUUUGUAACUAAAGUUGUAACAAGUUAUCAUUUCAAGUUCAAAGUUCUUGUGACAGAUACUUGUGCAUUCAAACGAGUGUAAGUGCUUGUUUCUCUUAUGCGUCUAUUUGUUUUUUGCUACUGUGCUUUAAGUCUCUCGUCU